GUUUAGGCAAAACAUAUACAGAUAGAUGGUAUUAAGGCAAAUUGAAUUUGGUAUUUCUCGAGAUCUCAAUAUAUUCUUUAACCACUGACAAUGUAUCGGCACAAAGUCAAGAAUUAACAGUCAAAUUGGGGAAUAGCCUAUUUUUUAUUUUUUAGAAAAAAUAAAGAAUAGCUCCAAAUAUCACGUAUGUUGAAUGCCAAUCUUGGACUUGGGCGAUAUAAGAGUUUCCAGCAUAUCCAGGUGAAGAAAUGUAGAGAAUGAAAUCUUUGCAAAAUUGGAUGAGGGUGCAAAGCAAGCAAUUGCACCUCUAGGUAUAGGUAGUUUCAGCUGAUAUGAAGUCAAACAUGAAAGACAAGGCCGACAUCUUUUUCACUUGACGUUAUGUUCAAAAUCUAGGAUUUCUCUCAGUCCCGAACUCGUAAUGCCAAUUGGUUUGUUCAGCAACCAUCCAAUCAUCAAUCAUCAUCACAAGGCAAGCUUGGAUAGGUUGUGUCAAUGUGCCAAGUCUACAAGACAUUGCAUCCAACAGCUUUCUCAUGUUAGAGCCACUUCAAGCACGUUAGAUUAUAUUGGACAAGAACCUGUUACUCAAAUAAUCUCCACUUCAGUAAUGUUUCCAUAAAAGAGCAAAUGUUCUAUUAAAUAACACAUAAAGAGAAGCAGAAAGAAGAGCAAAUGUUAAAUCCAUCUGGGUAAUAUCUAGGUCAUAGAAUUUGGGAUUAUCACAUUCAUGGCGCAAAAAUGGCCUUCUAAGAUGGUUCUAAUAGUUUUAGCUUCACAGAUUAUAUCAGGUAGCAAAUAAAAAAUAACAGAGCAGUAUUGAAUUUAAUGAUCUAUCAGGGCACAAUAUUUUACUUUUGACACAUCCACCCAUCAUCAAUAAGCCAAAACAAAAGGCAACACUGUCAAAAUUAACAGCAGAUGAUUAACCUCUAGUUCAUAAAAUACAAUACCAUAUGAUAAACUAAACAGACAAUGGCAUCUUUGUUUACCAAACUUCAUCUAACAUGCUCAAUGCAGCCUAUUAUUUUCCAUAUUGGUUGAUAUGCAACCCCCCCUUUUUUUUGCCAAAAGUGGAUAUGCAACCUUAAUUGGUGCAAAUUAAAGUAAAAGCUUUUGUAAAUUGGUAUGGGCUGGCAUAAAUUCACAACACAUGCACCAAGUGCACCAUUUUUAGCAUUUUAUAAUUCACAGGAGACUCUACAAAAGCUGAAGUGUAUGCAUGGGUUGGGGUAGGUAAUUGUUUAAAAAGAAUACAAAAAGCACCAUUCCCUGCAAGGGAGAGGUAGGUCCAUCUCACAUGAGGCUGGUGCUUAUGUAGAUGUAAACACAUAAUUGAAAUUAUGUGUAAAAUCCAACUAAUAUGUGAUUAAGGUUUACCGGAGUUAGAAUACAACGCAUCAUAAAAU